AUGAGGCGAGUGUCGGCGUGGCUGCUAGUUCUGGGGGUGGGCGUGCUGGGGGCGGUGGCCGAGGGGCCGGUGCCGUACCCUGGCGUGCCGCUGCCGCCGCCCUCGGUGGACCCCGGGGCGCCCUACACGCACUACGCCCCCGCCGACCCCGGCUACACCAUCCAGACCGGCUACGAGGGCUUCCUGGUGCCCGUGGAGCAGCAGCUGCACUCGCUGCUGCCGCCCGGCCCCUGGAACGCCUUCACCUCCGUCUUCCUGCACUUCCUGCCCAAGUUCGGGCUCAAGCUGAUCGGCACGGUCGGCCUGUGGCUGCUGGGCUUCUCGCUGGUGGUGCUGCUGGGCGGCGGCUUCACCGUCGCCGUCUGCACCUUCACGCCGCUCUGCACGCUCACCUUCCUGGGAUUCCCCUUCGGCAGGGCGCAGGUGCGCGAGUCCGUGAGGGCCUUCCUCGAGGACGACCGGCUCACCCAGGCGGCCGCCUUCGUCACCGAGGCCCUCGAGAAGUACAGCAAGAUGAACGCCAAGGCGGGGAAGUCCCUCGGCGAGAAGGCCAACUCCCUCGACAAGGAAGAUGGCGAUAAGGCCAACUCCCUCAACAAAGAAGACAAAAAGAAAGCGUGAGGCACGCGUAACCCUCCUCUUCACUUGGCGACCGACUGUGUUCCAACACGGUACAGCAAUGACAGUCACACCUCCAAUUCGUACACGUCUAUUCUUGGAAUAUUCUACUCCGCUCGUGACGCAGGACAACACCGAAAGGAUUACAUGUCCAGUCCACCAUCCUUCCAUACAGCACAGCACUUUAUCAAACCCCUUUGAAUUGUGGCAUAGAACUCUGGGGAGAACUGAACUUUUGUCACGAUACUUGGAUGCAGAGCCGUCUGGUCAUCUUCAGGUGUAUAUCAUUGGAAGUACGGCAUGCUCAUCCACGUAGGAUACCACUGGAGCAUUGGUGUUUAAAUGUCACCAUCAUAUUUUCCACUUUGUACUUCCCCAUUCGAGGCUAUUCCUCACUGAACUGUCGAUCUAAGAUGAUACGUGAUGAAAUAUCCAACCCACCAUCUUCCACAUAUCGCUACAUGACGUCCAGUUACUACGACAUCUCGUGGAGUAUGACAUUCUUACCAUGUAUCUUCUCACUUCCGCAGCGAUUUCUUGCUGCAAACAGUUUCAGGAAUGCAGCCAUUACCAAUACUCCUUCUCGUCUUCUGAUAUUCCAGCUCCGAACCACAGAAAUCCACCUUAUAAAGUAGCAGAUUGCCAGAAUGUACAUGUGGUUGCAGACAGUGUUGGCUGAAGAGAUGCCACUCAGGAUGCUAAGAUUCACACUGCUCGCCUACCCUCUACUUUGGACACCAUUGAUAGUAAGUCUGACCAUAUGCGUUGCGCCUUCUCGGUGAGGUCACUACAUUGCCAUUCAGAGCUGACUGCUAUAGAUAGGAUAACGCAUUGUCCUCCUGUCCAGCAAAUUGAUUUCAAGAUACCCAUUCGACACAGUAGAAAUUGAUGAUCUAAAAACUUAAACGUGAUUAGGUUAGGCAAAAACAAAUUAUUUUACCGUUAUGUUUCCUGAAUAUUACCUCUACCUAUAAGUGGUGAAAGGUAUCACU